AUGGGACCGAUUGGCACCAUCCCAUUCAUCAGAUCUGCUCCCUCUAAAAAUCGCAAUACUGCUCCAUUACAGCUCCAAGGAGUGCUGUGGUGCGCGCGGGGGCUGCGAGGGGACACCAUCCUGUGCCACCAGAAUCCAGUUACAGGACUGCUUUCAGCCAGCAUUGAUCACAAAGAUGCUUGGGUCCGGGACAACAUCUACAGUAUUCUGGCUGUGUGGGGCCUGGGAAUGGCUUAUCGGAAGAAUGCAGACCGGGAUGAGGAUAAAGCCAAAGCCUAUGAACUUGAGCAGAAUGUUGUGAAACUGAUGCGGGGACUUUUGCAGUGUAUGAUGAGACAGGUGGACAAAGUAGAGAAAUUCAAACACACACAGAGUACCAAGGACUGCUUGCAUGCCAAAUAUAACUCAGCCACUUGUGCCACAGUGGUUGGGGAUGACCAAUGGGGACAUCUACAGGUAGAUGCAACUUCCCUUUUCCUGCUCUUCCUAGCACAGAUGACUGCAUCAGGGUUGCGGAUUAUAUUCACCCUUGAUGAGGUUGCGUUCAUACAGAAUCUUGUUUUUUACAUUGAGGCAGCUUACAAAGUAGCUGAUUAUGGAAUGUGGGAACGUGGGGAUAAAACCAACCAGGGGAUCCCAGAACUGAAUGCAAGCUCUGUGGGAAUGGCCAAAGCAGCACUGGAAGCAAUUGAUGAACUAGAUCUUUUUGGAGCUCAUGGAGGGCACAAGUCAGUGAUCCAUGUCCUUCCUGAUGAAGUUGAACACUGCCAGUCUAUUCUAUAUUCCAUGUUGCCAAGAGCUUCCACAUCAAAGGAGAUUGAUGCUGGGCUUCUGUCCAUUAUUUCUUAUCCAGCUUUUGCAGUGGAGGAUGUGAACCUCGUUAAUGCAACGAAAAAUGAAAUCAUAGCCAAACUGCAAGGACGUUACGGCUGUUGUCGUUUCCUUCGUGAUGGUUAUAAAACACCAAAAGAGGAUCCAAACAGGUUACAUUAUGACCCGGCUGAGCUCAAGCUCUUUGAGAAAAUAGAAUGUGAGUGGCCAGUCUUCUGGACCUAUUUCCUAAUUGAUGGAAUCUUCAAUGGGGAGAAGAUUCAGGUACAAGAAUACAGAGAGGCCCUUGAAGGUGUACUUAUUAGAGAAAAGAAUGGCAUUCUUCUGGUGCCAGAGCUGUAUGCUGUCCCUCCUGAUAAGGUGGAUGAGGAGUAUAAAAAUCCUCACUCAGUGGAUCGUGUCCCAGUUGGAAAAUUGCCUCAUCUGUGGGGCCAGUCUUUAUAUAUCCUUGGUUGUUUGUUAGCAGAGGGAUUUCUAGCUCCAGGUGAAAUUGAUCCUGUAAAUAGGAGAUUUUCCACUUCUUUUCAACCUGAUGUUGUGGUACAAGUUACUGUUUUGGCAGAAUCCAAUGAAAUUAAGAAAAUCUUGAAGCACCAUGGAAUCAAUGUGCAGAGCAUUGCUGACAUCCACCCAAUGAGAGUACAGCCCGCACGAAUCCUGAGUAACCUGUAUACCAAGCUUGGGAGGAACAAGAACAUGAAAUUGAGUGGGCGACCAUACCGACACAUUGGUGUGCUUGGAACCUCCAAAUUGUACGUGAUAAGGAAUCAAAUAUUUACUUUUACCCCUCAGUUUACAGAUCAGCAUCAUUUCUACCUGGCUCUAGACAAUCGGAUGAUUGUGGAGAUGCUCAGAACAGAGCUGGCAUACCUCACCUCAUGUUGGAGGAUGACAGGAAGACCAACCCUGACUUUUCCCAUCACUCAUACAAUGCUCAUUGAUGAUGGUUCUGACAUUCAUCCAUCAGUUCUUGCCAGCGUAAGAAAAUUAGAGGAUGGAUAUUUUGGAGGGGCUAGGGUGAAGCUAGGCCAACUGUCAGAAUUUCUUACCACAUCAUUCCAUACGUAUUUGAGCUUCCUGGAUCCAGACUGUGAUGGAAAGCUCUUUGAUGAUCAUAGUGAAGACUAUUAUAGUUCUGAAAGUGGAUAUGAAUGUGAAGGCUAUCCAGAAGAUUUCUAUGAUAAAGAAAGCCAGGAUGAGCUGGACCAGUACAUCAAUGAUAUGCUGCAAAGUACAGCACUCAAGUCAUACCUGCCUCCACUCUCAAGGACUGCUGAUCACCCUCAUGUGUUCAGUGCUGGACAUUCCACGCAGGAGAUCUUGUCAAUCAUGGCCAAAGCAAAGGGGUUGGAUAUUCCAAAUGUUUCCAUGUCUCUCCCCACCAAAGUUUUAAACACUCACCGGAAAUCUCUCAAUCUAGUUGAUUCCCCACAUCCACUUAAAUUAAAGGAUCCUGAAGCUGUUUUACAUUUACCCAAAGAUGCUCAUGGUGAUUUGGAUUGUGAGAAAUUAGUUGAACAGUUGAAGGAGUGUCCAACACUACACGAUCAAGCAGAUAUAUUAUAUAUCUUGUACUUAAUGAAAGGUCCUGACUGGAAUACAGAGCUAAAUGGACAGUAUGGAGUCACUGUUCGUUGUCUGCUUAAUGAGCUCUACAGCAAGGCAGGCCUGAAUCAAGAGUGGGGUUUGAUCCGAUACAUUUCUGGCAUGCUAAAAAAGAAAGUGGAAGUCCUGGCUGAGGCUUGCACAGACCUCCUGUCACACCACAAACAGCUCACCGUAGGCCUUCCGCCUGAGCCUCGAGAAAAAACCAUCACUACGCCUUUGUCACCUGAUGAGCUAACAAAUCUAAUUUACGAAGCCAGCGGACAAGACAUCAGUAUUGCAGUUCUUACACAGGAAAUAAUGGUGUAUUUGGCAAUGUAUGUUAGGUCACAGCCCAGCCUUUUUGCAGAGAUGCUCAGGCUCCGUAUUGGAUUAAUAAUUCAGGUGAUGGCCACUGAGCUGGCUCGGAGUCUAAACUGUUCAGGUGAAGAAGCUUCAGAAAGCUUAAUGAAUCUAAGCCCCUUUGAUAUGAAAAACCUUCUGCAUCAUAUUCUGAGUGGAAAAGAGUUUGGUGUGGAAAGAAGCAUGCGACCUCUAGAUUCCACUUCAUCCAGCCCUGCAAUUUCCAUUCAUGAAAUGGGCCACACUGGAGCAACUAAAACAGAGAGGAGUGGCAUUAAUAGACUAAAGAGUGAAAUGAAACAGUUCUUUUAUGGGGGCCAUUCCAUGACCAGCAGCAUACACGCUUCCAGGUCAACGAAGGGCAGUAGUCCAUCGUCUCCCACUAGUACUUCGUCCCUUACGGGGACUAGUGUAAAUAUCAGCUGGGAUGAUCGUCAAGGGCAGUGGCUCCGCAGAAGAAGGCUUGAUGGUGCCAUUAAUAGAGUUCCUGUUGGGUUCUAUCAAAAAGUCUGGAAAAUCCUUCAGAAGUGCCACGGGCUGUCCAUUGAUGGCUAUGUUCUUCCUUCUUCAACUACGCGAGAGAUGACCCCUUGUGAAAUCAAGUUUGCUGUGCAUGUGGAGUCCGUGCUGAAUCAUGUACCCCAGCCUGAGUAUAGGCAGCUGCUGGUGGAAGCUAUUCUUGUUCUCACACUGCUGUCGGAUGUAGAUGUGUCUAGCAUUGGGGGCAUCAUCCAUGUGGAUCGAAUAGUGCAGAUGGCUAACGAUCUGUUUCUUCAGGACCAGAAAUCAUUUGGAGCAACCGAAGGCCUUCUGGAGCAAGACCUGGCCACAGGAAUAUGCCUCUUCUUCUACGACAGCGCUCCAAGUGGAGCGUAUGGAACAAUGACAUACCUAACAAAGGCUGUAGCCUCAUAUUUACAGGACUUCCUGCCUAGCACAGGCUGCCUGAUGCAAUAACUUAUACUACAAAAUGAGGGAAAACAGUAGAGCUGAAGAAGCUCUUUUUCCUUUCCCUAUCGGAAGUGUUUUUGCAAUUACUGUCUGUGUACUACCUCAGCAGUAAACACCACUCAUCAGAACGUGUGAACA